CCUUGUUCCUUCUCUGUUCUUUAUCGAAUCAAAAGGAAAUUAAAUUAUUUUGAUUCCUUUUAAAUCCUUUGAUCAUCUCUCUCUCUCUCUCUCCUUCCUCCAUCUCUUUCUCUUUCCUCUUUGGUCAUGAGGGAAGAUGGCGGAAGAAGACUACAAUGACCGGCUUCUUCUAAAUCCAACACAAUCUUCUGUAUGUUUUCGUGAUUUUCGAGGAUAAAUUAACACACCCAAUCAAUCAAUUCAUCAAUUCAUCUUAUCGCGAUUCACAUGGAAGGAAUCGAAGUGAGGAUUCAAGACAUUUUAGAUGGGGGGACGUUGGAUGAGAGGAUGAAAGUGCAAGACGACGACGUGGACGAGGUUCCAUUCCCGUCGCCGAGAGGUGUAUUGGAAAUUACAGCCACCGGUUCUGAUGCCGAUAACAACGCCGGAGCCGGAGGCGAAGGCGAAGGUGAAGGUGGAGGUGAAGGCGAAAGUGAAUCAGGGGAUUCGCCUAAAGCUUUUGGUCCGGAGAAACCGGCGGCGAAACCGACCCAGUUCAAGAAAUUGUUUGACAAUGCUAAGAUGAAGUCGGUUAGAAGAUUCGCGGCGAUACCAUUGUUGGCGGGUUAUGAACUUUCAAGAAAGAGUUUAAGGAAACUCGAGAGGAAUCGAAGCGUUGAUGAAACGAUUGAUUGUGGGGAUUUCAUCGUUCAGAAACCUUCAUGGAGGAAUUUCAGCCGCCAGGAACUCGCCGCUGCUACCGAUGAUUUUAGCCCCGAGAGGAUGGUUGGUAAAGGAGGACAUGCAGAGGUAUACAGAGGGACUCUUCCUGAUGGAGAAGAAGUAGCGGUUAAGAAAAUAAUGAAGAGAGAAAAGAAUGAUGAAGACAGAGCCGGUGAUUUCUUAUCGGAGCUUGGCAUAAUUGCUCAUAUUGACCAUCCUAAUGCUGCAAAGCUAAUCGGAUUCAGCGUCGACGGCGAUCUUCAUCUGGUUCUUCAGUUCUCUCCCCAUGGAAGCUUAGCUUCCCUCCUCCAUGGAGAUGAUGAGAAAGUAAUAGAAUGGAGCAUAAGGUUGAAGGUGGCAAUUGGGGUUGCAGAAGGUUUACAGUAUCUUCAUUCUGGUUGCAAAAGACGCAUCAUUCAUAGAGACAUCACUGCUUCAAACAUACUUCUCACUCAGGACUAUGAUCCUCAGAUUUCAGACUUCGGUCUUGCAAAAUGGCUACCGGAGAAAUGGGUUCAUCAUGUUGUUCAUCCAAUUGAGGGCACCUUUGGUUAUAUGGCUCCAGAGUAUUUUAUGCAUGGGAUUGUCGACGAAAAGACAGAUGUUUUCGCCUUUGGUGUUUUGCUACUCGAACUCAUAACGGGUCGUCGAGCACUUGAUUCGAGUAGUAUGAGUCUUGUCAUGUGGGCGAAACCUCUGUUGGAGAAGAAUUGCAUAAAGGAAUUGGUGGAUCCUCGACUAGAAGGAAGCUACGACGAGGAGGAGAUGAAACGAGCUAUGGUGGCCGCUUUAGCUUGUCUCCAUCACUCGCCUGGAAAUCGUCCAUUGAUGGUCAUUGUUGUGGAGCUGCUGGUAAAUGGAGAAGGUGAAAAUAAAGAAAUAAAACCAAUUAAAUCAAGGGGAGGAAGUAGUACCACAAUCAUGUUGGAUCCAAGUGAUCAUUUGGAAAACUACACCACCACCACUUACCUCAACGACCUCAGCCGUCAUAUGCAGCUUGUUCUUGAAUAGCCACCACCCGCAGUCGCCACGCACCACCAUCGCCGCCACAAGUGAAAUUGAGAAGAGUAACAAAAAGGGUUUUCAUUUUUCUCACAUGGGAUUCCAGUAGCUUAAUGAACAUUGUACAUAUAAUCAAGAAGAGAUUUUUCAUUUUGAUGAAUUAAAAUGAAACCUUCUGGGUUUUUUUUGUUC